AUGGCAACGCAAGACGGUGGCGUUAUGUAUCAAAACUACGGACAACCGACCGAUCAACCUGCUGCCUCGACAAAAGUGAUGAACCUAUCUCGGGCGCAAAUUAAUCUAGGUCAGCCGGGAGCUCAGCAACCAGGAGCUGCAAUGUCUCAACAAACUUUUUAUGCCCAACCAGCUCAGCAAGUCAACUAUCCAACAACUUAUUCAUCACAACCACAACCCCAAGCAGCACAACCACAAGCUUAUACCGUCGUACAGCGUGCUGCACCGGCUCAACCACAGGUUUUUACCGUUGGGUCGGCUCAACCAAUUUCGGGGCAAUCGCAACAGUAUCGUGUGGUUAAUCAAACUACCCCAGGACAGGAGGCAGGACGUACGGUGAUGUACACACAACAAUCUCCCGGGCAGGUAAAUUACCCUUCACCUCAGUCGAGUGUAAUCUAUGGUGGAUCAUCACCUCAACAGCAAGCGUUUCAAGCCUAUCCAGCCCAGCCACAAGCGCAACAAGCACAAAAAUACUACGCCCAACCUGCGGCAGCCUAUCCAGCCGGAGCUCCCACCCAGACAUCCCAAUUCGGACAACCAGGUAACGUGGUCAUGGCGGCAUUCCCGGCCUCGGCAGGCCAACCGUCACCGGGUGUCGGUGGCAGUCAGCCAAUCAGCGUUCAGACUAGUCAACAAACUUGGGCACAGCCAACAUUCGGACAACAACAACCGCCCAGACAGUAUACUGGUUCGGCCCCACAACCCUUGAUGACGGGGGUGCCACCGCCGCCACCGCCUACGCAGUCAUUCUCGCCUGCCUCGGGUGUACGCGCUCAACAGCCAGUACAGGCUUAUUCGGUCUCGGCCUACCCACAGCAGCAACAGCAACAGCCAAAUCAAUAUCAAACACAACAACAACAGCAGCAACCGGUUCAAUAUCGUGCGGUGACACAAGACACGGCCGGCGUUCGAACUGCACAACCAUUUGGUGCGGGGCAACAAGUUGUCCAUCCAUCACAAGCGCAGCCAACACAAGCUUAUCAACACUACCAACAAUCACAACAGGCACAUCAACAAUACCAGCCGGCUCAAGCUUCUUAUACACCUGACUAUCAAGCUCGUCCACCGGUACCUCACACAGCCGAUAGCCAGCAAGUACGUCGACGAAUUCCAUCUACUGGAGGAGGAGGCCUUCAAAGGACCAUCAAGGUCAGAUCACUGCCCAUGCGUAGUUCACAAAGCAUGGAAGCAAUCGAUGCCACAGGACCACCCCAGUUCAUACAACAUCCGAUUCCACAGAGCACGGUGAAUGAGGGUGAACCGUUGAGCAUCAAUGCUCGUGUGCGCCCAGCUGGAGACAGCAGUCUUCGUGUGGAAUGGUACAAAAAUGGGAAACCAUUAGCGGCGUCUUCACGCUUCACAACCACAUUCGAUCGAGGCUACGCAGUGCUGGAUUUCCUCUACACGAACGAGGAUGAUACCGGUGACUAUUCGUGCGUGGCUACUAACAGUCAAGGUCAAGAUCAAUCGUCCGGUUGCCGUAUCACUGUUAUUCCAGAAGAAGGUGUUGUCACUGAGACACAACUACCAGAAGAAUCCAUGGUUGCGAGUCUGGCUGCAAUGGAAAACCAGAUGAUGCAAAACGGUAUGGAUCGUGGGCCGCGUUACCGGGACGAGGGUCGACCAACUCGUCCGCCCACAUUUUUGAAACCACUCAAUCCGCAAACCGGCAUUCGUGAGGCGGCUCCAGCACAUUUCGAGACUCUGAUCGAACCGGCCAAUGAUGCCACCCUUACCGUGGAAUGGUACAAAGAUGGAAAACCAGUGAGCAUGGGAUGUCGUUUCAAUGCGAUCUUGGAUCGUGGUUUUGCCAUUUUGGAUAUCCUCUAUUGUUACCCGGAGGAUAAUGGAGCUUACUGGUGUGUCGCCAAGAACGCUUUGGGUCAGGUUCAGAGUAACGUAGUAGAUUUACAAUGCGUUGGUGAAGCCAAUAUUGUGACCAGUUCCGUAUUGUCAAAAGAAUCGGUUUCGUACCUGCAAAGCUUGGAUAAUUGGAGCAGUGAUCAGAUGGCUGGUUACGACACAGUGAAGGUCGAGGAGGAAGAGGCACCUGCUGCACCGACGUUCGAUAUUCUACCGGUGGCGUUGACUGUGACUGAGGGAUCGCCCGCUCGUUUUAUGGUCAAAGCAGGUGGUUUUCCACGCCCCAAAGUUCAAUGGUACAUUGAUGGAGAGUUGCUGGCUUCGACUGGAGGAGGUGGAAACUGGCGCAUCUAUCAAGACGGUGGUAUUAGCCAUUUGGAAUUCCAUCGCGUUGGCAAUCCGUGCACCCAACAAAUUCGAGCUGUGGCCAAGAACAAUUUGGGCGAAGCUGCGGUGGACACUGUAUUAGUGAUUGAACCACAGGCAGACUUUAGACCGGACCUGCGACAUGUUGAACCGGAGAAUCCAUUCAGGAAACUGGCUCAACUCAAAAAAGUGGAACGGUCCAACGAGUUGUCGAGUGCUUUCAAUCGGCCAAGACCCCAGGCUUUGGAUCUGCGCCGUAUAGAGAGAGAAAACGAAUUCAAAGCACGAAGCGCUGCCGAGGCUGAAUCGAUUGAAGCCGAAAACUUGUACACACGUGUUCAGGCACAGCUUCGCACCAGUAGACGUUCAAGCCAACCGCCCCCAACACCUCCACCGCAACGGCAAGUGAGCGCAGUUACCGUGAUUCCGGCACAAGCUCCACGACCAGUAGCUCCGCCGCAAUCCUUCACGGACGACAACAACGCUGGACACGAUAUUGCAAAUAUCUUCGCUGAUUUUUCGUGUGCUAUCAAACAGCAGGCGCAACCACCACGACCACAGCCAGCACCGCAACCGCCACGACAGCAAGCGCCACCGCCGCCACCACCACCACAGCAACAGGCUCCACGACCACCACCUCCACAACCAGUGCAAGCCCCACCACCACCAAAAGCGGAACCAGCACCACCACCACCACCGCCACCACCACAGCCAGUGAUGAUGGGCCAACUGUUAUCUGUAAAACAUCACCGAAUCAGUCGACUUGUGCAGCCGCAGCAGCUGAUUUUCCUCAAUCCAACUAUGAUCACUGUUCAUAUUAUCACUGCCUCUCUCAUAGCCAAAUCCAGAGAAUCUUACCGAUCAGAUGUGAACGCGUGGCAGAUGUCGUCUCAAUCGGGAGCACAACAGGCCGAACUGUCGCACGAUGAAGUCAGUGCAGAAUUCACCAUUCAGCUAUAA